AUGAAUUUUCUUAUUUACGGGAUUAUCAGUCAAAGCACAUCACCAUUAUACGUUCCGUGGUUAGGAGACUGUGCAAUUGUUGAGGAUACAUACCCUGAUCUCAUUCAUAACUAUCUUGAUUCCAACUAUCUUCAAAGUCGUGCAAUCUUAGCUUCAACAAUUGAAGUGGUUGAUGAGAUCAACCAAUAUAUCACAAACCUUCUUCCAGUUAUUGUAGGAGAAGAGAAAGAGUACUUUAGUAGUGAUUGCAUAGAUAAGUCUGAUGUUACUAACUUUGAUGCAUAUGAGCACGUCACUCCCGAGUUCCUAAAUGCUCUUAAAACUUCGGGAUUGCCUAAUCAUUCAAUCAGGUUGAAAGUUGGGGCCACUAUAAUGUUAAUGCGCAAUCUAGAUCAGUCUGAAGGCUUGUGCAAUGGUACACGACUCACUGUAACAAGGCUUGCUGCUCAUGUCAUUGAAGCUAAGAUCAUUUCUGGAAAAAAUAUUGGGAACACUAUUUAUAUUCCUAGAAUGUCUUUGUCCCCCUCACAGUCGCCGUGGCCAUUUAAAUUGGUGAGACGCCAAUUUCCAAUUAUUGUUUCCUUCGCCAUGACAAUUAACAAGUCUCAAGGGCAAUCACUAGACCAUGUUGGUUUGUAUUUGCCAAAGGAAGUUUUUAGUCAUGGUCAAUUAUAUGUGGCUAUCUCUAGAGUGAAAUUCAAAAAGGGAUUAAAGAUUCUUAUUCAUGACAAAGAUAGAGAACCCAUGAGUACUACCACUAAUGUUGUAUUCAAAAAAGUGUUCCAAAAUGUUUAA